ACCCUGAGCAGUUCCUACAGGCUGUGGCCAUCUCCCUGCAGGUAGGGUCUGCCGGGGGCUCCUGGGAGGCUGCGCCAAUGGCACCUGUCAUGCAGCUGUUCUCGUUAACAGCAUCAAAUACCUUCCUAACGAUUGCCUUCCUUCCAAACGGGGAGAAGCUGACAGUGUUUUCCACAGAGACCUGCUCUUUGUAUAGGGAGGUGCUCCUGGCACCCAGAAUGUGUGUCAGGCCAGGCUCUGGUGAAAAGAAGCCUUGGCCAGAACCCGGGAUAUGACAUCCACACUGAGGUUCCAUCCUCAGUUAACACAGACGAGAAGGGUCAGCCCUGGAGUGCCCCCAUGCCCCACCCCCACUUUGGGGGGCAUCUUAUCUCGGGAAAUGGGUCCUCCAUCCCCCAGGGGCCCCAGGGCUGUGGCAGUGAGGGUGGGUGAGGUCACAGCUUGUGCUGUAUUUGUGGUAACCGAGACUUGGGAAUCACUGACCGGGUCUCCGACAGAGGCAGGGGCUGGCCUGGGCAGUGAGGCCCCCGGAGAACCGAGGGCUGCAGGCAUCCAUACACAUCUCCUUCAUCUUCCUACCCACACCUGGAAGAAGUCACAGGCCCACCUGGAGGCUGCCCAACUCUCCAGCUCCUGUCCUCCUGUCCCUGGGUUUUCCUUAGAGCUCCAUCCUGGUCCUGGCAACCCCUGCAACCUUGGCAGCCCCACCCCACUCAGGGGCCUCCCUGUCACCCAGUCUUGGCUCCCACCCCCAGGUGCUGAUCUCACAUCUGCCACCUGUCAGUGGCAGGUGCCCAGGGAACAGGAGCUUGGAUUGCAGGGCCCCUGCCUCCAGGAAUGUGGGACGUGGCUCCAUUGGAUGGGGCCUCCAGAGGAAGCUGAGCCCACCGGGGGAAAUCCUGGGGGGCUGUCUCAUGGGCCAUCCCGGCCCAUCAUUGCCCAGGAGCAGAGAGAGGGCACUCGCCCCCUGGAAGGAGGGCGCUCAUAGCAAGUGUGCUAAUUCAGGCCGCCUGCCUGUCCUUGUAGGCCACAGCCUUCUGUGCUGCCGUGCUCUGGAUGAACUUGGCCUGUGUAUGCUGCUUUCUGCGUGGUCCCUGGGGGCUGCCCUGGCCAUGCUCCAGCCCCAGCCCUCACUACCUGCUCAGACGCACCUGUGCUGUUCCCCGAGGCCACAGUCUGAGCCCACCUUCCCUUGGGGUAGAGUGAGGGGUUCAUCCUUCAUUAGUUACCCCUGGGACAGCCUCAAGAAAGCCCAGAGGGGAGGUGUUGUGAGUAGGUUACAAAGGCUGCAGGGGUUGGGGCCAAGGCCUCUGCCAUAAGAGAAGGCCUGGGCCCUGCUCCCAGCUUCUGGAAGAGGCGCCUCCUCCGGCUGGGGCCUGGCAGCAGCAGGGAGUGGAGAAGGGAGCAGGGCCUGUGUGCAGAGCUACAGGCUUCUGUGGGCACCUCCUUCCCUCUGCUUCAGCACCCUCCGGCCCCCAGCUCUUUCCCUGAGCCCCUAAGCACCGUGGGGAAGUGACGCAGACAGCUGGGGCCCAGAUUCAUCUACACUCCUCUUCCCACCUGAAGGCCCCAGCACCACGGGCACACCUCUCGUCCCACCGGCCAGCCCUCCCUACACCCGUCCACAACAGACAAUAGUGAAGGCCGAGGUCCCCUUGGCCAGAAACCUGUCCUGGGAGCUGGCAUCACCCACCCCACUGCCUGGGCCCACCUGCAGCCCAGCCCCUCUGUCCCGUCCAAGAGCAGCUCCAGCAGCUCCUCCUGUCUGUCCCCUCAUUUCCCUCGGGAUCUUUCCUGUCAGCCACCCGUGCUGCUACUUCUCUCAUCCUAAAAACAUUUGUUUAAAGUCCUCUGGGCCAGGCCUGGUGGCUGACGCCUGUAAUC